AUGAGUCCUGAGCCAGGCAUAGAUGCUGAUCAUGCUGACCCUGACCUGCCUACCAACACAGCUAGUGGCCUGGGAAAUGCUCUCGACCCUGAGGUGACCCCAAGCCCUGUAGAUGAUGCGCUAGAAGCAGGGCCAGAUGGCGCAAUUGACCUUGCUGGGAAUGUCGAAACAUUCAGCGAGCCUCUUGCCAAUUUGGCUCCACCUCCUACAGCUAUUUGGCAUAAUCAAUCAGGAGUUCCAGCAGUAAUGAGAACAUCGAAGAGAUGUUCUGGAAUCAGAACCCUCAUCCUCAGAGCCUUCCCCAAUUUCAACGAUCUUCAAUGCUAUACGCUCACCCAGCAAAUCCUCUCAGCAACAAAAGCCAAUGAAAAUUUGGGAGGAAAUAAUGGAGUUAUGGUAAAACAAGACAGCCAGACAAGAUACUACAAACACAUCACAAUCUUCCCCAAUGCACUAGUAACGGCCAAUCGCUGGCAGCUGAUAGAUGGCACGAUAAUUGAUGUGUACAUUGAGAUGCUGAAAGACCUCACUGACAAAAACCUGUGGGACCUGCUCAGCAGGUUGAGUGGCUCUAUUUUUGAAGGGAGUAUCAGUGAUAAGGACCUGCUUGAUAAAGGUGAGCUGUUACUCAGUGACACUGUCUCUGGUACCACCUCAUCAUCCUGUGCUCCUGUCACCUCAUUCUGUGGCAGUCUGGCUCCAUUGCAAGCGGGCUAG